AUGCUGCGCCUGGUGGGCUUCCUUUUGAUCGCCCUUGCAGCCGGGCUCCGGUCCAAGAGCGACCCGUCCUGGCCCUGGGAGGAGCACGGCCCGAGCUCUGCCGAAGAGCUUCAGGAGCUCCUGAGCACCGUGCUGGCGCAGACCAGCGCAGCUGAGGUCACGGUGGAAGAGCCCGGAGAUGUAGAGGCACGGGAGCGGACGCUUCGAGAGCGGAUUGCCACCAUCACGAAGGACUGGCAGAGCGCCAGCGCACCUGCUUGCCAUCAGCAGCUCGGGCGGUUGAUGAACAGCCUCACGCUUAAAUGUGACGGCUUACAGCCGAAAGCCGACUGGCUGCUUGACUACUACGUGCCGACCCUUCCGAGCAAAACGUGCGCCGACAGUGUCAGCGACAUCUUCGCGUUGGGAAACGAAUUGGUGGAAACCCUCCGCGUCUCCAGAGAUUCUGUUGCUUCCGUGGAUGUGGCCGGUGAAACGCUCCGUCGAUAUCAAGCACUCUCCUUUCUGAGGAGCUGGCUAGUGGACCUGACCCGGACUCAUCAUCAUGCGCUGCUUUGGGCUGGCUUCUGGGAUGGGGACCCCGAGAACCGCACGACCAUGACGAAGCUCUCCAACUUUGCCAAAGCCAUCGAGCACGCGACCGUGCACCCGAACACCUUCCUGGGCCGAGCCAUCGAGGCGAGCGAGAACCUCGACGCCUGCUACGAAGAUGCCCUGACCAGAGCGCUUGCAGGGAACAUGUGGUCCAUCGCAAGCAUGAGCUUCGUGCUCGGGAUGCGCGAAAGGGCACAGGGAACGGUGAUUGCAUUGGUCAACAAGCAGAUCACGGGUGAGCGUAACUUGUCGCAGUCCGUGCUGUCCACGCAUGAAAUCCCCACAGUGGGGCUCGCAGCCUGGGGCCUCGGGUUCUGGGCCCCGAAAGUGCUGGUCGUGGACCUCAUGGGCACAUGCGACAAAACGAGCCCAGCGCUGCAGAAGCGGCUCCUCGCCCGCCUGCCGUCUUGGGCCAAGUCCAUGACGGACUGGAGCCCAGAAGCCUUCGCGACGAGGUCUCGGCUCCAGUGGCAGUGCAUCGACUGCUCGGGCGCUUGCAGCCUGGACGAGGCCAUGGCAGAGCACGUGGAGAAGCUGGUCGAGGCCAAGGAGAAGCAGGACUGGAAGGACCAAGAGCUCCGCCAGGUCGUGAGUCCACACCUCGCAGCCCGGGCCGCUAUUGGAGUCAGCCAAGAAGAGCUGGGCCUCGCCGACAAGCUCUUGAGGUCGAGUGACAAAUUCGCUUCCGUUUCCGUAUCCGACAACGCUAUGAUCAAGUUCAAGCUUUACAAGCAUGGAUUGAACCUGAAAGCGAAGCAGGAGGACCUUGUUCGGAAGGCAUUUUUUAAGGCUUGGGGAGAGGAAGACCCCAGCCCGCAUCUUCGGGUGGAGCAACUUCUUCACCAGAAUGCGGAUCCAAGCUCACCAGACCGGCUCGGCCGCACAGCCCUCAUGGAAGCUGCUUUCAGUGGCCACCUGAAGGUGGUCGAGGCAUUGCUGAAAGCCGGAGCCCAGCUCGAGGCUCGCGAGGAGUUAGGCCGCACAGCCCUCACCAUUGCUGCAACGAGCGGCCACCUGAACGUGGUCCGGGCGUUGGUGCUGGACGGAGCAGAGCCGGAGGCCUGCAAUCCAAGUUGCUUCAUGUCUGUUGCAAAGGCAGGCCACCUGAACGUGGCCGAGGUGUUGCUGAAGGUCGGAGUUCCGCUGGAAGGUCGAGAUGAAAGAGGGCGCACGGCCCUCGUCUCUGCUGCCACGCAGGGCCUCGUGAACGUGGUCGAUUUUCUGGUGAGGGCCGGAGCGCAGCUGGAGGCCCGCGAUCAGCAUGGCGACACAGCCCUCGUGUUGGCUGCAAGCAAUGGCGAUUUGGAGGUACUUGAGGUCUUGAUAAGGGCCGGAGCCCAGCUGGAGGCUUCUUGUAGGCAUGGAACAGCUCUCACUGUCGCCGCAGAACAUGGCCGUUUGAGGGUGGUCGAGUCGUUGCUGAAGGCCAGAGCCCUGCCGGAGGCCCCUAGUCAAAAUGGCCUGACAGCGCUCACAGUCGCUGCAGAGCACGGCCACCUGAAGAUUGUCGAGGCGUUGCUGGAGGCCGGAGCCCAGCUGGAGGCCCAGGAUAAGGAAGGCAACACGGCCCUCAUCUGGGCUGCACGCGAGAAGCACCAGGAGGUGGUCCAGGCCUUGCUAGAGGCCAGAGCCCAGACUGAGGCCCGCAAUGCGGAUGGCUUCACAGCCCUCACUUGGGCUGUGGUUGAAGGCCAGUUGCAGGUGGUCGAGGCCUUGCUGCAGGCAGGAGCCCAUGCAGAGCCCCUUCAUAAGAAGUUGGCAGAUCAUCAGCACCUGCAGCUUGCGGUGGAUGCUUCGAAUCUGGAUGGCUUCCUGCCAGUUGCUACUUCCAGAUCCAAGUCCAACCGGGGCCGCGGGUUGGCCUUGCAUUUCGUGGCGCUUUGCAUGUCAGCAAAGCACUUGGACCAUGGCGUGAUGCUGCGCUUCACCUCGAUGGCGCUCGCGGCCUUUGCAGCCACACUCUAUGUCGCUGUGGGGCUCAGGUCGGAGCACCAUCCGGCAUUGUGGCACGAGCACCCCGCGAGCUCGGCAGAGAAGAUUCAGGAGCUCCUGAGAACAGGGCUGGCGCAGACCACCGCGGCUCAGGCCACCAGGGAAGAGCCCGGCGAUGCCGAGGCACAGGAAAGGACGCUCAGAGAGCUGGUUUCCACCAUCAGGCAGGAUUGGCGGGCUGCCAGCGCAAGUGUUUGCCAUCAGCAGCUCGGGCGGCUGGUGAACAAUCUCACGCUUGCAUGCGAAGGCUUGCCGGCGAAAGCCGACCUGCUUCUCGACUACCUUCCGGACUCUUACAUCCUCCCGAACAAGACCUGUGCGGAGAGCGUCAGCGACAUCUUCGCGUCGGGGAGCGAUCUCGUGGAGACGCUUCGCGUUUCCAGAGAUGCUGUAGCCUCUCUCCAUGUGGACCACGAGCAACUCCGUCGAUACCAAGCACUCUCCUUUGUGAGGAGCUAUCUGGUGAAUUUGACCGAGACUCGCCAUCAUGCGCUACUUUGGGCCGGUUUUUGGGACGAGGACCCCGAGAACCGCACGACCAAGACGACGCUUUCCAACUUUGCCAAAGCAACAGAGCACGCGACCAUCCACCCAGACAGCUUCUUGGGCCAAGCCAUCGAGGCGAGCGAGAACCUGGACGCCUGCUACACGGACCCCCAGACCGGUGCGCUUGCACGGAACAUGUGGGCCAUCGCAAGCAUGAGCUUCGUGCUCGGGAUGCGCGAAGGGGCACAGGGAACGGUCAUCGCAUUGGUCAACAAGCAGAUCACGGGCGAGCGCAACUUGUCAGAGUCCGUGCUGUCCACACAUGAAAUCCCAACAGUGGGGCUCGCCGCCUGGGGCCUCGGGUUCUGA